ACUCGCCCACCAUAGCUUCCAUCUUCACCCGGCUCUUCGGCUCCUUUGCCGGCCCCUCCCCCGCCGCCAUGGCCAACGCAAAGACUACCGCUCAGAACCUGAUCGCCGAGAACGGCGUUGUUGUCUUCUCCAAAUCCUACUGCCCCUACUGCAGCGCCAGCAAGAAACUCCUCAACGAGCUGGGUGCCGAGUACAAGUUGCUUGAGCUGGAUGAGAUCUCCGACGGCCAAGCUAUUCAGGACGCGCUGUACGACAUCUCGUCGCAGCGCACGGUGCCGAACAUCUUCAUCGGGCAGAAGCACAUUGGCGGUAACUCAGAUCUGCAGGGUAAGAGCCGCGAGCAGUUGAAGAAGCUGUUGAAGGAUGCUGGGGCUCUC